AUGAUGUCUGCCUCUCAGCCUGCCUCAAAUAUUCGAGUGACAAAGGCAAGUGGAAAGGUAAAGAUUAAAAAGUCAACUGCACGCGGAGCUAGAAAUCCAGGGUCAAAUACUUUUACAGCAUGUGGGACUGAAAAAGCAGUCCCUACCAUAUUUGCUAGUCAGCCCAAACAGCCAACUGGUCCGCAUGGAGGUGAAUGGAAGACCGCAGGGAUGACCACGAAGAAGGCUGAAAAGUCAAGGCGGAACGAAAAGAAAAAAGCAGCAAGAGAGACCAGAAGUCUUCGCGCCUCACGCUCAUCCACGGUCGUCAUCACACUACCGUCUGGAGCUAAGGAGCCUGGCCUUAGCAACGGCAAAGUCUUGGCUAAAGCCAAAGCGGUGAUCAAGCGGAGAGCUAAAUUGGUAUCACUACUUUGA